ACAAAAAUGCCACCGUUGAAAUCGUACUCGCCACAAAACGAAUAUAAUGGUAAUGGUAACAAUAACUCACCUACCGAAAACACCUCAGGAGCAAGUGGUUCAUCAGAAGCUUCAACUUCAAAUGUUACCACGCUGAAUAUUCAACGUUCCAACACUAAAUCACCACCAUAUUGUAAUGGACAAUAUCCGUUUAAGGUAUUGUCCAAUCUGCAGCAAUUACGUUCACAAAAACGAUUUUGUGAUGUUGAUAUAGUGGCCGGUGGAGCAACUUAUUAUUGCCACCGUGUUAUCUUAAGUGCUGCUUCGUGUUAUUUUGAAGCUAUGUUCCGGCCGGAGUUGGGCUUAAAUGAGGUGAAUCAAAAAACCGUAGUAUUGCAUACGAUUGAUGGUGAUAUAUUAAGUAUACUAUUGGAUUUCAUAUACACUGGCAGAUGUGAAAUAACUCAGUCCAAUGUCCAAGAGUUACUAGCAGCGGCUGAUAUGUUACAAUUACAUGAAAUUGUUGAUGGUUGUUGUGAAUAUUUAUGUCGAGAACUGCAUCCCACCAAUGCACUUGGAAUUUUACGUUUUGCCGAGGCUCAUAAUUGUGAAGCCUUGGCUAAGAGUGCAUUGAACUAUGUACAUGGCAAUUUUCCAGCGAUUGCCCAGGAAGAUGAAUUCUUGGAGACACCUCAAGCUCUUUUAUCGCAAUUGCUGUCAUCGGAACUUCUACGGGUAGAUUCGGAAUCUCAAGUAUUUCAGGCAGCAUUACGUUGGAUUAAACACGAUGUCACUCAAAGGCGUUGCUUUGUUUUUGAUAUAUUAUCAUUGGUACGACUGGCCCUGGUACCGGUAAAGGUUAUAGACCAAGCCUUAAGAGAUUGCCGCGAUAUGUCAGUGAAAAUUGCUUUACGUUCUAUAUGCAGAGAUAUAGCAUCCAAGCGCGGUCAGCUAGUACCUUUGCGCGUUUGUCCUCGUCAGCUGGCUAAGAAAAACAUUUACAUUAUAGGUGGUUCGCGUAGAGAAGCAUCUUCCACCUGGAAUCCGGCCGAUGAUAUAUUCGAUACGGUGGCGAAAUUCGAUAUUUUCCGUAGAGAAUGGACGGAAACAGCACCCAUGGAAAUCGGCCGUAUUCUACCCGGCGUGGCUGCAUUAAAUGGCAAAAUAUAUGUUGUUGGUGGAGAGAGGGGUGCCCAGAUUUUAGCUAACGGUGAAGUAUACGAUCCACAAAACGAUUGCUGGUCGCCCAUAUCGCCAAUGAUUGUACCACGUUGUGAAUUCGGUUUGUGUGCUAUGGACAAUAGUCUAUUGGCUGUGGGUGGUUGGAUCGGUGAUGAUAUUGGUGGCUCAAUGGAACGUUACGACCCCGAUAAGGAUGUGUGGGAAAUUAUUGGAAAUUUACCAGAACCACGCUUUAGCAUGGGUGUUGUCAGUUUCGAAGGUCUUAUCUAUAUUGUGGGUGGAUGUACUAUUUCGUCACGUCAUCUAAACGAUUUAGUUAGUUACAAUCCUGUUACCAAAGAGUGGCAACCUUUAGCUCGUAUGCAAGUGGCUCGCUGUCAAAUGGGUGUUGCUAUAUUAGAUCGCUAUCUAUAUGUUGUCGGUGGUAACAGCAGCCCACAGGCAGUUUUAAGCUCAGUAGAACGUUACAGUUUCGAUGACAACACUUGGUCUACCGUCUGUGCAAUGUCUGUGCCUAGAGCUAUACCAGCAGUUGCUGCUGCUGAUGGUUUAUUAUAUGUGGCGGGAGGAGAUCAGCCCUGUGAAGCCACAUUCUAUCGUGCUCAAGUCACAAUUAGCGCCGUAGAAUGUUAUGACCCGUUGACGGAUACUUGGAAAAAUUGCCCAGACUUACCACUUAGCCGCUCCGAGGCAGGAGCAGUAGUUGUUUAACCCAAAAACAAAAUCUGAUAGUAUAGAAAAUUUAUAUUGUAUUUUUUUCAUAUUGCGUAUUAUUUAAUAUAUUAUAUUCAUUAACCGUUAAUCUCAAAUGCUACUACAUAUUUAGGUUAAAAUAACCAAACUCUCUCUAUUUCCAUGUAUUUCUUUGUAGCCCUUAAGUU